AUGUACAAGUCGCAGCACGCUUCCCAGCUCCCACCGACGGCCACGACCUUUCCGACGGGCGGCACAACAUGUCCAGCUGUGGCCAAUGUGGGAGGCUAUUUGGAGCAGAAGCCCGUGGCAGAUAAGUCACACUCGACGUUCGGCAAGCCGAAGGGAUCUUAUACCGAUGAUCCUGCAAGCUUCUUGAAGAAGCAGGAACAUUCCGGUGGCAAGGUCUUGACUCUCAAAGAGAUGAAGAGGGACCAUCCGGAAGCCUUGGUCCCACAGCAAUUGAAGCCGCAGACCAGACAUGGGCCACCAGCCACCUCGGACAAGCCUGUGAUGAAUCUCGUCACCAGCAAGAACUUCAUCGUGGCCAAUGCGGUGGAGGUGAUCCUGGCGGCACCCAAAAAGGUUCCCGAAGGUACCAAGGACUACUUGAAGAAGGAGGACUACGGAAAGGUGCCAAAGUACUUGCAACACAUCAAGCAAGACAUUGAGAGGGAGUACCAGUAUAUCAGAGCUUUGCAAGAGCAGAGGGCAGCCGAAGAGGCGGAAAGAGUGCGUCCCAUGAGAGAAGAUGAGCAGCAAGAGGUGCUGGAAGGCUUGAAAUCGAAGUGGGAACAGGUGAAUACUGCCUAUCAAGGCGGUACUCAUGUGACAACCUUGGACACGAUGGGCAAGUUGAAGCGCAAGGAAAAGCAUGAAGCCGAGUUGUCACAGCUGGAGAAAGACAUUGAGAAGCUUGGCAAGAGAAACAUCCUCAUCAACUCUGAAGCAUGA